UAGCUUUUCUAAUCGCAAUUAUUUCUUAAAUUACUUGUUAUGAAACAAUAUUUCAUGUCGAUAACGUCGUGGCGGUUACUGAGACACACAACAGAUUGUUUAUAAAUAGAAUUUAUUUAAUUUGAUGGCUGAUUUUACGUCGGUUUGUGGAUCGAUUCUGGAUUGAUUGUGUUAGUUUCCGGCAUACUAACAGUGUUCAUAGAAACUAAAAUGUGUACUACUAUGGACGAUCGAGGUGUGGAAGAGAUGCAAGAUUGGGAGUAUGUAAAGCAGAGUAUCACGCUAUGGCUCAAUAAUAUGCCGAAAGCGGCCGAGGAUAGCUUCAAGGAUCGUCCUUCAAGUGUACAUAUUAUUGCAGGACGCACCUUCAUCUCAUUUAUGAAUGCCGUCAUAUCAUGGGAAACGGAAAAGAUGAACGAAGCCCACACUCGUUUACGAGAGCUAGAAAAGCACUGCGCGGGUGACGUAGGAUGGUUAAAAUCUGUUCGAUCGAAGCUGUUUGGAUCCAGCGAACCCAAAAAAUCACUCACUGAGACGUUGGAAGAACAAAUUAUCUUGGCAGACAGUCAACUGUGCCUAGCCAUUCUAGUGUCCUUGGGACAAGAUAUUGGCGGAUUCGUGAAGGGUGGCUGGCUGCUGAGGAAAGCUUGGAAAGUAUAUCAACACACUUAUCAACAGAUCUAUCAGCUCUACUCCGACACUCUGGAUCUCAGUGGAGCAACGUCCGUCCCGCAAGCGCCGCUAAUCAACGAACAAACAAGACACGCUACUACAAUGAUAAUGCCACUGGAUUUGGGAUCUCCUGGAUCCACUGACUGGACUGUUCCGAAUUCUACCCUUCAAAGUCCAGACGACUGUGAAUGGGCUUCACAAUUGGGCUCUUUGCGCAAAUCGCAAACUACAACAUUCGAAUCAACUGAUUUGCUAACGGUGGAAGGAUCUUCGUUUGGCAAUAUCCCAUCGAAUGAAUCCCAAUCAAGUGGUAGUAACGUUAAAGUAACAAAAAGUUACACAACCGAUUGUGUUGGAAAUACGAGCCGUCCGGUAAUUGGUUCCAGCACAGAAUCCCUGGAUCACGAUAAGCCUGUGAUGGAAUGCAACGUGACACGAGAACAGUUGAUGCUUGAUUUAAAUGUAGGCAUUGUUCAUCGGAUAAACGGGUCAAAGUUCAUUCUUCCAAAGGCUACGGGACAUUCGCGUUUAUCCUCAUCACCUCCUGCAGCAAGAGAAAUUUGCCCUGAAGAGAUCCAAAGAUUAAUGGGAGCAGUCAGUUUCGGUUAUGGCGUGUUCCAGUUGAGCAUAUCCUUGUUACCCCCAAGCUUGCUGAAAUUAAUAAGUUUUCUCGGCUUCGAAGGCGACCGAGCGAUGGGAAUCGCUUGUUUAAGUUUUUCUCGCCAAAGCACCGACAUGAGAGCACCCUUAGCUACAUUAGCUCUACUUUGGUACUACACCAUCGUGACGCCGUUUUUUGCACUUGAUGGCACAAAUUUGAGCAUCGAGAUUAGUGCUGCCCAGGAGCUGAUCAACGAAGCAAAUAAUCAUUAUGCCAACUCAUCCCUUUUUCUGUUUUUCCGAGGUCGUGUCGAGCGUUUGAAGUCUAACAUCCAGGAUGCGAUACGUGCUUAUGAGACAGCUUGCCGUUCUUCAGCUCAACGUGAAAUAAAAUUACUCUGCCUUCAUGAAAUUGGGUGGUGUCGUUUGAUACAGCUAGAUUACGGAACAGCGUUGAGGAACUUCAAGGAGCUCAAAUUGUGUAGUCAAUUUUCGAAAAGCUUUUAUUCGUAUUUGACAGCAAUAUGCGAGGGGUCUUACGGACAGUUUUCUAACUUAGUGAAGUGGCGUGCAGAUAUUCUGGAAUUGAUUAACCGUUCUCCGCAAAAGGACUCUCAAAUCGAACGGUAUAUUUUUCGACGCUGUCUAAAGCUGCCUCGCGCAGAAAGUGGAAACCUACCGAAAUACAGUAGUUCCCUGUAUUGGAAGUACCUCGUGUUUGAGAUGCUGUUCCUGUGGAAUGCUCUCGGUAGCUGUAAUGUCGAGCAGCUCGAGAGCAUGGUGGUCGAUUGUUCGCAACCAGCAGAUUCGCUUUGCGAACCGAUGCUGGGAAUAUCCAGAUUAAUCCUUGGAGCCUGCUUAUGCUACCUUGCCCGGUAUGAGGAAGCGAUUCGAGCUUAUCGUGAAUGCAUCACUAUACGAGAAGCGUCCGAUCAUCCUGAGCAACAAGACCUACACAUUUCGGCUUUUUCCUACUACGAACUAGCACUGCUUUUACUCCGGGAAGGACAUUGUGAUGAUCACAGGGUUGAGGCCCGUCGGUUGUUGAUUCAUGCGCAGCAGAAUUUCAAAAACUACGAUUUUGAUAACCGUGUUACCGUGCGUAUUCAUUCCGUGCUUAAGCGGCUUGAUUAAAAUCGAAAAUCGCGUUAGUAUUAGAUAAAGUUGUUCUGUUAGUGCCUUAUUUAAUGGAAAUAUGCAUGGGUGUGUUACAGAAAGGUACAGGAAAAAACGUAGACUAGAAUAUUUAUAAGAAUUCAGGCUUUUUUAUCACACAACUGGCUUAGUACACUCUUGCUGGGCAAGAACAGCUAGUAGGGAAUCGAUAGUUAACUCUUUUAUUCAUCCAAUCAUACUUUUUAACAGAUAAAAAAGUGCAAUCAAUCAUAUGAUACAUAAAGGUUCAACAAUUGCCAAGCGAGACUCAUGCAACAUGAAACAAUAAUUUUUUAUACACUGAACAGCAUAAAUUGUUAACUGGCUAAGCCUUAUUGUUAAUUUAGCUAUGUAC